AUUAUUCAAAAAUACUUUUUGAAACUGCAAUUACUGAAUGUAAUGAAGAAGCGGUAAUAUCACAAGAGUGUUCUACAGUAAAAGACACUCUUACUUCGGUUGCCUUUGGUAAGAAGACUGAAGAAUCAGUUAUUUUAUCAAAAGUCCACAGAAAAGAUAUAUCAGAACAAAACUCUGCUAUCGUCGACCUUUCAGUAAUAGAUACAUCUUCGACGGACGCAAAUAAGGAAAACCACAAUAAAAUUAAUGUUAUUCAAAAGGAUAUAAACAUGAAAUCACAAAAAUCUGUUGAAUAUUCUGAUGUUUCUAACACACCAAUUAUUCAGUCUUGUGCAUCAACAAUAGGAACCUGUUCUGAAGCCGUGCGUAUCGUUCUUUCGGUAAAAAAGAAUGAUAAGAACGGAAAAGUUGUAAAUAAAUCUUUCGUAAAAUGGGUUCCAAUGAAUAAACAAAAAAAAGAUGCGAUAAUAUCACAAGAGUGUUCUACAGUAAAAGACACUCCUACUUCAGUUGCCUUUGAUAAGAAGACUGAAGAAUCAGUUAUUUUGUCAAAAGUCCACCGAAAAGAUAUAUCAGAACAAAACUCUGCUAUCGUCGACCUUUCAGUAAUAGAUACUUCUUCGAUGGACGCAAAAAAAGAAAACCACAAUAAUAUCAAUGUUAUACAAAAGGAUAUAAAUAUGAAGUCACAAAAAUCUGUUGAAUAUUCCGAUGUUUCCAACACACCAAUUAUUCAGACUUGUGCAUCAACAAUAGGAACCUGUUCUGAAACUGUGCGUAUUGUUCUUUCUGUGAAAAAAGAAGAUAAAAAUGGCAAUGUUUUUAAGAAAUCAAUCGUAAAAUAUUUAGUUCCUGUGGAUAAACAAAAAAAAGAAUGGAUAACAAAACAAGAAAUUUUAUUAGUAAAGAAUUUUCCUACCCCUGUUGACGUUGGUAAAUAAUCCAACGAAACGUUUGAGAGAACAGAAUCUUCCGCUAAUAAAAACAAGUUUAAUGGAAAUGAUUAUUGAAAAACGAUGAUACUAAAAAUAUAAAUUACUUCGCAUAUAAUAACAUGUUUUUUUAUUUUGCGUUUUGCAACAUCACUAGCAGAUUUUGAUGCCAUCAUAUUAUUAAUUAAUGGAGUAUAAUUAUUUAUUGAGUAUUUUGUAAAUUAUUUUGAAUAGACUCUAAACGACGACACACGAGACACGAGACUACGAGUAUCACAGAAAAAUACAAUCAAGUGGAUAUGCACAUAUGAACCUUCAUAUGCAUCUUGAUAUGCACAUAUGAAGAUAAUGAUUAUAAUACAACGGCCCAUAAGCGACAAGGCGAUAAUGAAAAAAAUCACCGGUACGGAUUGCUAUAAACAGUGACGGUGUUAGAGUUUGCGAUGCCCUGGAACGUUGAGUAAAAAUGGGGCCCCCAAGCCGAGGGCCCGUGGCAUUUGCACACAUCGCACACAUGUAUGACACGCUACUGGUUAUAAUAAAUAAAGUGGAAAUUGUAAUUGUGAAAUAAAAUAAAAUUUCUUCCAUGAAAUUGUAUUCGUAGAACAGUCUAUUGUUAUAUAGACACCUCCAUUACCUUUCCAUGAACGUUGGUUGAUGUGCUGAAGACUCAUUACGUAUACUUUCCAUAACAAUUGGUUUUUUUAAUGAUAUUACUGAAGGUCGGGCUUUUGGUAUUGCUGGUGAAGAUUUAUUUUCAGUACUUAUUAUUUUGUUAGUCAAUAAAUCAUUAUAAAUACUUCUAUGAAAAUCUUUAUUGGUAAAU